GUAUCACACAUAUAUAGCUAGCUAAGACUCACCAAUAUAUACAAUAUUAGUUCAAAUGGCCACACCAGAAGAACAUUACGAUAUGUCCGAGGAAGAAAAAGGACUGUUAAGAGUGAACCAAAUAAAUGGUGGAAUAGUACUUCCAAUGGUCAUAAAAACUGCUAUAGAACUUGAUCUUUUUGAGAUUAUGGCCAGGACUCCUGGUGGUCAAUUUUCUUGCUAUGAUAUUGCUUCUAGCCUUCCUAGACAAACCCAACAAACCCCGGUGCUGAUAGAACGGAUUCUCCGGUUUCUUGCUAGUGAAUCAGUUCUUACGUCCACAUAUGUUAAGGAUGAACAUGGGGAAUGUAAGAUGUUAUAUGGUAUGACUGCAGUGUCUAAUAACUAUGUUCGGAACCCAGACGGGACGUCUCAUGCUUCGUCACUUCUCCUUAUCUAUGAUAAGGUACUCGUCGAUUGUUGGUAUCACCUAAAAGAUGCAGUCGUUGAAGGAGGUGUCCCAUUUGACAAAGCCCAUGGAAUGAAUGCGUUUGAGUACCCUGCAAAAGACAAUAGAUUCAAUGAGGUAUUCAACAGAUGCAUGUAUGACAACACGAGAAUAGUGAUGAAGAUGAUUCUUGAAAAGUAUAACGGAUUUGAAGGGGUAAAAAACUUGGUUGAUGUAGGUGGCGGUUUAGGUGCUAACCUUGAGAUCAUCGUUUCCAAGUACCCUGAGAUUAAGGGCAUUAAUUUUGAUUUGCCCCACGUCAUCAAGGAUGCACCUCCAUAUGCAGGUGUGAAGCAUGUUGGAGGAGAUAUGUUCAAGAGUGUUCCUAAUGGAGAUGUUAUUUUUAUGAAGUGGAUACUGCAUGACUGGGACGACAAUUAUUGUAUCAAGCUUCUCAAGAAUUGUUGGACGGCUUUGCCAGAGUGUGGUAAGGUGGUGGUGAUAGAAGCAGUCUUACCCGACCCCGAAAGUGAUACUACUAGCUACACCGAUGAAGUUUCGAAGAAUGCCAUUGGUGGUGAUAUGGUAAUGUUGAUCGCCAACCCUGGUGGUAAAGAGCGAACUAUAAAAGAAUUCAAUGCAUUGGCUACACAAGCUGGGUUCGGUCCAAUGAAAAUUAUUUGUACGGUUGCUACAUUUUGGAUCAUGGAAUUCUACAAAAAUACUUGACUACCUAAUGUAUAUACUUGUAAACAACUCUAUAUUUAAAUUUUAUUAUAUAUGAUACUAUCAUACUGAGCAAAAA